CUGGGGGAAGAUGUUCUUCUGGGGCAAGAGAGCGGGGGUGUUAAUUCGUGCUUCUGGGGAGAGAGACAAAAGCCGAUCCUUGGGAGGGAACAAAGGCAGCGAAGAAUUGUAAGCCAAGCCCUAGGCUGGGCAGAGGUUGUCAGGAUUCAAGGACCCCGCCUUCUCCGCUCCCGCUUUAGCAGAGACUCGGAGGAGGCAGGCGCAGGGUUAAAGGGAGAGAGCGGAAAUUCCUAGAGAGAACCGGAAGAGGGCGAAACUCUUCACUGGAGCACUUCCUCUCCCCCCACCCCGCGCAAGUCUUUGAUUUCUCUGUCUGCAGUAUCGGCUCCUCCAGGGUCUGGUCAUGCUCAGAAUUUGAUCAUAGGAACAUAAGGUUUUGGAGGGGAGAGCGAGAAAGAGGGUGAGCAUCAGAGAAGGAAAAUGGAAGCAGAGUAUCAGUGGGUAAAGAAUGCUGCUACUUCUGAGUGCUCUGAUUCCCAUGAAAUUCCGGUGCAAGAAAAGGAUUGCAAAGCGAACAGAAAUAAUAAAUCCCCUCCAUGUGCAACAGUCUUAAGUAGCAAGUCAAAGCUAAGCACACAUCAAAGAAGCCACACCGGGAAGAAACCAUAUCAUUGCUCAGAGUGUGGAAAGAGCUUUAGUGACAGCUCAGGCCUCACUUACCAUCAAAGAAUCCACACGGGGGAGAAACCAUAUGAGUGUUCUGAAUGUGGAAAGACUUUCCACAACAGCUCAAAUCUUACUUCCCAUCAAAGGAUCCACACAGGGGAGAAACCUUAUCAUUGCUCAGAGUGUGGCAAGAGUUUCAGCCAGAGCUCGAGCCUUUCUUCCCAUCAGAGAAUCCACACAGGAGAGAAACCAUAUCAGUGUUCAGUGUGUGGAAAGAACUUCAGCCGCAUCUCAAGCCUCACUUGCCAUCAAAGAAUCCACACAGGAGAGAAACCGUAUCAGUGCUUGGUGUGUGGAAAGUGCUUCAGCCAGAAUUCACAGCUUACUUGCCAUCAAAAAAUACAUACAGGGGAGAAACCAUAUAAGUGCUCAGAAUGUGGGAAGAGCUUCCGCAAUAGUUUGAGCUUUUCCUCUCAUCAAAGAAGUCAUGCAGGCGUGAAACCAUAUCAGUGCUCAGAGUGUGGAAAGAGUUUCAGUGACCGCUCAGGCCUCACUUACCAUCAAAGACUCCACACAGGGGAGAAACCAUAUAAGUGCUCAGAAUGUGGAAAGACUUUCCACAACAGCUCAAAUCUCACUUCCCAUCAAAGAAUCCACACAGGGGAGAAACCGUAUCAAUGCUUAGUGUGUGGAAAGUGCUUUAGGAAGAGCUCACAACUUACUCCCCAUCAAAGAAUACACACUGGGGAAAAACCAUAUCAGUGCUCAGUAUGUGGAAAGUCGUUCAGGAAGAACUCACAACUCACUUACCAUCAAAGAAUCCACACAGGGGAUAAGCCAUAUCAAUGUUCAGAGUGUGGAAAGAGCUUCAGCAUCUUUUUUGUCCUUAGCACACAUCAGAGACCCAACACAGAUGAGAAAAAGUAUGAAUGCUCAGACUGUGGAAAGAGCUUCAACCAGACCUCACACCUUACUUCCCAUAAAAGAACCCACACAGGAGAGAAACCAUAUCAGUGCUUAAUGUGUGGAAAGAGCUUCAGUCGGCGCUCAAACCUUAAUGAACAUCAGCGAAUCCACACAGGAGAGAAACCAUAUCAGUGCUCAGAGUGUGGAAAGAGCUUCAGGCGGAGCUCACUCCUUACUUCCCAUCAAAGAAUCCACACGGGGGAGAAACCAUAUCUAUGCAUAGUGUGUGGAAAAAACUUCAGCUAUCGCUCACACCUUACUUCCCAUCAAAGAACUCACACAGGGGAGAAACCAUAUCAGUGUUUAGUGUGUGGAAAAAAUUUCAGUUGCAGCUCAAGCCUUUCUUCCCAUGAAAGAAUCCACACAGGGGAGAAAAAAUAUGAAUGCUCAGAGUGCAGAAAGAGCUUCAGUAGUAGUUCACACCUUACUUCUCAUCAAAGAAUCCACACAGGGGAGAAACCAUAUCAAUGCUUAGAAUGUGAAAAGAGCUUCAGUGAUAGCUCAAGCCUUACUUCCCACAAAAGAAUCCACACAGGGGAGAAACCAUAUCAGUGCCUGGUUUGUGGAAAGAAUUUCAGCUGCAGCUCAAGCCUUUCUGCCCAUAAAAAAAUCCACACAGGGGAGAAACCAUACCAAUGUUCAGAAUGUGGGAAAAGCUUUAGCAAGUGCUCAAAACUUACUUCCCAUCAAAGAAUCCACACAGGAGAGAAACCAUAUCAAUGCUUAGACUGUGGAAGGAGCUUCAGGCAGAACUCACUGCUUACUUCCCAUCAAAGAAUCCACACUGGGGAGAAACCAUAUCAAUGCUUAGCAUGUGGAAAGAGCUUCAGCCAGAGCUCAACCCUUAAUUCCCAUCAAAGAAUCCACACAGGUGAGAAACCAUAUCAGUGCUCACAUUGCGGAAAGAGCUUCAGGAGGAGCUCAUUCCUUACUUCCCAUCAAAGAAUCCACACGGGAGAGAAACCAUAUCAAUGCUCAAAAUGUGAGAAGAGCUUCAGGAGUCGCUCACUGCUUACUUCCCAUCAACGAAUCCACACAGGGGAGAAGCCAUAUCAGUGCUUAGUGUGUGGCAAGAGCUUCAGCCAUCGCUCAACCUUUACUUCCCAUCAAAGAAUCCAUACAGCAGAAAAAUUGUAUCAGAGCUCAGAGGUUGCAUCCUUAUGGGUGGUCCCGUGGGGCACAUGCUCCCUCAGUGCCCCAGUCCUGAACGCUGCCAGUCACAUGUCUUCACCUCAACAGAGGGAAAUAAACAGAACCUUCUUUUUGGCUCCGGAGGCUCAUCAGUAAAUGUGGCGCUUCCUCCCCUCCCACCUACUGUACUAGUAACACCGCCAUGUUGCUGAGUCUCUGUUUCCCUGUCCCCAGCCUGGACACCUUCUUCAAAGUACUUAAGUGAGGAAGGGGAGAAGGAUGAAAGGCUGUGCUGGGUUGCAAUUCCCCAGAAGACUCUUCUUGGAGGAGGAACUGGGUGCUCUCAGUUCCUGAACGGAGUCUGAAAAAGGACACUUAUUUAAAAAGAAAACUUACAAGUUCUCAACUAUGUAUUCCUCCACCCCUCUUUCCCAAAGUAACACUAUGAGCAGGCCAAGGAAUCCAUCCACGUGACUGGAGGAAGGCCGUCCCUGCACAGUGGUUCACUCCUUCCUUGACUUUGCUUCCCUCUUUUUGCCACCUCCUCCUUCCUAUCCUACUGAUAUAGCCUCUCAUCACCCCUCAAAUCUUUAUCUCCCUAUUCUUUGCCCUCCUGCUGUCUUUAAAAUGUGCACCAAGUAUAAACGUUCAGCUUCUAUUUGUUUUUACAAGAGAUCAGGAUUAGAGCAUCGUAUCCUCUACAGUUCUCUCAAAUACUGAAUUUGAGUGCUGCUGUUCCUCAAGUAGCUAGGGCAAUGAAAGGAGGGAUAUCUGAUUUUUCUCACAACAGCCUUGUGAGGUAGGUUAGGUUGAUAAAGGAAUGAGAGUGCCUCUCUGUGGCAGAUGACUAUAUGUACAAUAAACACAUUUUCUUCCCCUCC